UCACAGCUUGUGGUACGAUGUGGCUAUCUUCAGACCAGUUGUAGUUAAGCAACCAGUGCAUCUGGGCUGACAUCACCAUUGGCAACACAGAUCUGUAUGGAGUACACAUGCUGAACUGGAGAGGUCCUAGACUUGCACAAGUCGCUAAGUCUUCCAUCGCUGCGGAUGCUGGUGUAUGGGUGUGUGUUGCCAUUCGUCUGUAUGAACAUCCUCCACGCCGUCACCACCAAGCAAGAGGUGUCUCCCAAAAUCCGGAAACUCCAAGCGUCAUGUGCCGAUGAGAACUCUUGCCAGGUGGCGCUUGACAAAGAGGAACUGAAAGACAGACUAACUCCUCUAGAAUACCAUGUGACCCAAGAACGGGGCACGGAGAGGCCAUUCUCCGGGAAGUUUGUGAACACGAAGGAUGAGGGCAUGUACAACUGCGUUGUCUGUGGCAACCCUCUUUUCUCCUCCGACACCAAAUACAACUCACGAUCUGGUUGGCCUGCCUUCUAUGAUGUCGUCAACAAGGACAGGGUGGUGCUCAGAGAUGACACGUCACAAGGUAUGGAACGUGUGGAGGUUGUGUGUUCACACUGUGGGGCCCACCUUGGCCAUGUGUUCCACGACGGACCAGUACCUACAGGACAGCGAUAUUGUGUCAAUUCAGCGGCCUUGACCUUUACUCCCCAAAAUCCUCAAAAGGAAACUUCACACUCCAGUGGUGACCUGUAGAUUUUCCGUCCAUGUAACUGCUGAAUAAAAUGGAAAGCCAAUAAAGUUGAUUGACAUCU